GCUGCAGACACCGAAGGUCGCGUUGGCCGUUCACGCGAGCGAUUUCUCUCGUGCUCUGCCGGUGCUUGGGCGCUCUGAUGAAAAUUCGGUCUGGCGAACAGUGAUUGCUGGUGGAGGACUGAAACUGGGUGAACUCGUAAGACGUAGCUCAAAUCUUGCGGAGAACAUUCAAAGAAACGUGAUGUUGUUGAAGUUUUACAUCCUCGUCACCGUACUAAGCGUUACUUCAGCCAACUGGGAGCAAUGGUGGACCUACGACGGGAUUUCAGGACCAGAUUUCUGGGGAUUGUUGAAUCCCGAUUGGCAUUUGUGCACCAAGGGACGUCGACAGUCGCCAAUUAAUAUUGAUCCUCAACAUCUACUCUUCGAUCCACACCUGAAAUCUCUGCAGGUCGAUAAGAGUCGGGUGAGCGGGUCGCUGACCAACACCGGCCAUGGCAUCGUGUUCAAGGUGUCGGAGUCAGCGUCCGAGCCUUUUGUGACCAUCCAAGGCGGUCCUUUGUCAUACACGUACCACUUUUACGAGCUCCAUCUCCACUACGGGAAAUCCGAUGAUCAGGGAAGCGAGCACACCAUCGCCAGCAAACAGUUUCCGGCCGAGUUGCAGAUAUUCGGAUACAAUAGCGAUCUUUACGCGAACAUUUCCGAGGCGCUGGAGUUGCGCGAAAGCAGCGCCUUGGUCGGAUUAUCGGUCCUGAUGCAGCUCGGAGAGACGUCAUCGCCGGAACUACGAGUCAUCACGUCACCUCUCCGAAAAAUCGUCUACCGUGGUCAGGAAGCCUCGAUCCAGCACAUUUCGCUGAAGGAACUCCUGCCAGACACAACGGAGUAUAUGACGUACGAUGGCAGCCUCACGAUGCCCGGCUGUUACGAAACAGUGCGAUGGAUUGUGAUGAACAAGCCUAUAUACAUCACGAAACAACAGUUGUAUCUCCUUCGGAAGUUGAUGCAAGGAGACGAUGCCAAUCCCAAAGCUCCCAUGUGGGACAAUUUCAGACCAACUCUGCCCCUGAAUCAGAGGGUCACGUGGACGAAUAUCGACUUCGCUCACAGCAGUAAAAAGGUUCGUAUAAUCGAUGAAUAAUUAUGCUUAUACGGCAAUAACUGUCCGCGCAUGCGGAGAGAGACCGGCUACCGAGUGAACGCGAAAUACACGCGGCCGGUAGCGCUUGACGAUACCGAGGACCUGGACAAGGACAUUCUUUGAGGAAUCCGACUCGCGUAGUUUAGUUUGUACAUACGGUGGAGUAAUUCGAUGUAAAUAUUCACCUGUUCAAGUAAACACAUUGUCAUA